AUGAGGGCACAGGACUGGAUGGCCCACGGACAAGGAGCUCCUGCAGCAGUGACCCUGGUUAUGUUCCUGGUGCCCAGAAACACAGUGCUUGGCACAUGUUGGUUGGCCCAGAGUCCUCCUGACUUUAAAUCCGGAACGCGGGCGCCGGAGGAGCCCCCGGAGAAGCCAGUGUCCGCCCGCGCGCUGACAGAGGAAGCCAUAGCUCCCGAGAUCCCUCCCCGAGCCCCUCAGAUGCUCAAUGUGCAGCCGCGAGCAGGAGCGGGAGACGGAGCGAGAGCGCGGACAGAGAGGGGGGAAAGGAGGGACAGAGACAGAGGGAAGUUUGGAGCCCGAUCAGCUCGGGAUGUGCCCGAGGAGCUGGCUCAGGUCGGCGUCCUCUCGGGCCAGCUGGUUCCCAGGACAUUUCCUGUCCGUUUGCUGCUCACACCUCCUCGGGAGCAAAUGGAGGCACCCCUCCCCCGAGUCAUAAAGCCAGGGGGGGGGAGACCAAAGAAAGAAGGGGGCCCCCGGGAAAGGAAGGGGCUGGCUCGGCGCGGGCGGCCUGGGAGGCAGAUGGCCGGAUUUACAUACAGCUGGUCCGCUGGCCGGGGUUUCUCCUGGAUGCCUUCCGGCCCCCCGGGCCCGGCCCCGACUCCUGUGGGGGCCCCGGGCUCCCCUGCCCGUCCCCCGGGUCCCGGGUGCCAGUCGGAGCCCCCCGUCUCCUGGCCGCUCCUCCCCGGGACCCGGACCCGGGGCCCCGCCGAGCCCGGGCCGCAGCUCUCCCUGGUGGACGGCCUCGUCCGGGUGCCCUUCCGCACCGCCUGGCCGGGGACUUUCUCGCUAAUCAUCGAGUCCUGGAGGGAGGAACUUGGACCCAGCAGCGAGGAAGAGCCGGGGGAGAAGCUUCCAGGUCCCGAUCGGAGUCUGCUGAGUCGGCUGGCUGCGCGGCACAGGCUGGCGGUGGGCGCGCCCUGGGCCCGGGACGCCCGGCAGGCCGGGGGCUGGGAGCUGCUCUUCUCCUACCGGGUCCGCUGCGAGCCCCACUACUACGGUCCGGCCUGCGCCCGCCUGUGCCGGCCUCGGGACGACGCCCUGGGCCAUUUCCAUUGCGGCGCCCACGGGGAGCGCGUCUGCAUGGACGGCUGGACCGGAGACAUGUGUGCCCGGCCCGUGUGUCAGUCAGGCUGCAGCGCUGAGCACGGUUACUGUGAGCGACCAGCCGAAUGCCACUGCUACCAAGGCUGGACCGGCCCCCUCUGCACCAUCCGGGCCCCCAGCGGCGACUGCUCCAGCCUCCAGCCGUGUGCCAACGGGGCCACCUGCUCCAACCUCCCGGGGUUCUCCGGCCGCCGGUGCCUCUUCCCAGCUGGACUGUGCGACGAGCACCCCUGUACCAAUGGCGGCAGCUGCAGUGAGGUGGCCGGGGACUUCGAAUGUACUUGUCCACGGGGCUUCUAUGGGAAACGAUGUGAGGUCAUUGGGAUGACGUGUGCCGACGGGCCCUGCUUCAAUGGGGGCACCUGUGUGGACGGCGGAGCCCCUGCAGGUUACACCUGCCGCUGCCCACCAGGCUUCCACGGGUCCAACUGUGAGAAGAAGAUGGAUCGCUGCAGCCUCCAGCCUUGUCGCAACGGCGGCGUCUGCCUGGACCUGGGCCGGGCCGUGCUGUGCCGCUGCAGGCCGGGCUUCGGGGGCCCGCGCUGCGAGCGCGACCUGGACGACUGCGCGGGGCGGCCCUGCGCCAACGGGGGCACGUGCGUGGACGGCGCGCACAGCUUCCGCUGCUCGUGCACGCUGGGCUUCGGGGGCCGCGACUGCCGGGAGCGCGCAGACCCCUGCGACCCGCAGCCCUGCGCGCACGGCGGCCGCUGCUACGCGCACUUCUCGGGCCACGUCUGCUCCUGCGCGCCGGGCUACAUGGGCGCGCGCUGCGAGUUCCCCGUGAGUCCCGGGCCCGCCCCGGCCCCGCCCCCGCCCGGCCCCCACCACGGGCCCCCCGAGGCGCGCCGCCGGCCCGCGCCGCUGCCGCCCGCCUGGGGGCUCCCUUUCGCCGCGCUGCUGCUGCUGGCGGCCGCGGCGGGGGGCGCUGCCCUGCUGGUCCGAGCCCGGGCGCGGCGGCGCGGUCCGGGGGCGCGGCCCCUUCCCUCCCCGCCGGACCCCGCGCCGCCGCCCCCGCCCCCCGCCGACGCCCUCAACAACCUCCGGGCCGCCGAGGGCGCUUCCUCGGGCCCCGCGCUUCCCGGUCCCGGCAGCUUCCAAGCGCCCAGGAGCGAGCGGACGCCGCGGCUGCUGGACUUCCCGUCGGGGAUGAGGGCCGAAGAUUGGCGCUUCCCCGAGGACGGAGACCCCCGGCCCAUUUACGUCAUCCCAGAGUGCUCCCGCUAUGCCAGAGAGGUCUGACUCGCCCUUUCCAGGGCUUCACUCUCAGGAUUCCGCAGACAGAGACUAACGUAUUUAUUGGCGGCUGCUGUUUGUGCCGACGCUUCCCGCGUGCUCCCGGCACGCUCCGGGGAGGAGGAAGCGGGGAGGAGUCUCCCGGAGAAGGGGAGCUGCCGGGCAAACUCUGGGGGGGGGGGCCCGGGGCCGCAUCUCCCGCUCUGGCUUGUGUAAAAAAGAACGUGUACAACAGGUCCCCUUCCUCCUCUCCGGA